CUUUUCUAGAGAAGAAAGGAAAAGAAGGUCGGACUCAUUCCAGGUCAAGUUGACUGUCAGCCAGAGAGGUCAGCAAGUAUUUAAAGAUCGUAACACACAUACACCUGCUUAAUGAUGGAUGCUGUUGAGAGUGUGACGGAGUUCCUUUUGAAGACCCAGUGUGAAGCUCUGGACCUAACGACAAGUGGUAGUUGGGAUGGGUAAUAACUUAGUAACCACGUAAAUACAUGUUUUUAUGGGACACGUAACUCUUCCUGGGCAAGUAAAAAGGCAGAUUAAUGAGACGUCCCUGUGGGAUUUGACAUAAGCAGUAGAAAGGAAAGCACCCCACCUCCUGUGUCGCCACCUGGAAGGGAGGCUAUAUAAGCACUUCAAAGAGGAAAAGCCACAGGCUUGGCAUUUAGGCUCAGUUGAGGGUGCUUCGGGGUGGUGACCACAGACCCUGAGACAGCGUGAAACUGGACACACACUAUGGAUACCACGGGCUCUCCAGUGACUAUCUCUUCUUCAACCCCACCCCAAAACUGCUCUGCGAAUACAAAUUUGAGGGCCAGCUCUUCUAACAAUAGCGGUUGUCAUGACGGUCAGUCAACUGGCUGUGCGCCUCGAACUCCCCAGGGCCAGGGCUGCCAGCCCACCCCUUACCUCUAUCGCACCCCUCACUAUUUGAUAAGAACCUACAGCUUCCAUCCCUGUCUGGAUGACUGCAGCUGGUGCGGCGAAGGCAUCAACAGCCAUGAAAAAGAGACGAUGCAGGUUUUGAACGAACGCCUUGCGAACUACCUGGAAAAGGUGCGGAUGCUGGAAGGAGAGAACGCAAAACUAGAGAGUGAAAUCCAGGAGGAGUGCGUCAAGGCAGCCCCUGUCCUGUGUCCCGACUGCCUGUGCUACUACAGCACCAUCGAGGAGCUACAGCAGAAGAUCUUGUGCACCAAGGCUGAGAAUUCCAGACUGGUCUCACAAAUUGACAACACCAAACUGGCUGCAGAUGACUUGAGAGCCAACUAUGAGGCUGAGUUAUCCCUACGCCAGCUGGUGGAAGCCGACACCCACGGCCUGAAGCAGAUCCUGGAUGCGCUGACUCUGAGCAAGGCUGACCUGGAAGCGCGAGCCCAGUCUCUGACAGAGGAACUUCUGUGCCUCAAAAAGAACCAUGAGGAGGAAAUCAACUCCUUACAGUGCCAACUUGGGGAUAAAAUCAACAUUGAAGUAAUGGCUGCUCCUUCUGUUGACCUAAAUCAAAUUCUACAAGAAAUGAGAUGUCGGUACGAGUCCAUCAUGGAGACAAACCGUAAAGAUGUAGAACAAUGGUUCAACACACAGAUGGAGGAACUGAAUCAACAAGCAGUAAGCAGCUCUCAACAGCAGCAGUGCUGCCAGAAGGACAUCAUUGAACUGAGACGUACUCUGAGUGCCCUCGAGGUUGAACUACAGGCCCAGCACCGAAUGAGAGAUUCCCAGGAGUGCAUCCUGGCUGAGACAGAGGCGCACUACACAACCCUGCUGGCCCAGAUCCAGAGUCUGAUCCAUAAUCUGGAGGCUCAGUUGGCGGAUAUCCGGGGUGCCCUGGAAAGACAGAGCCAGGACUAUGACGUUCUGCUGGACAUCAAGACCCGGCUGGAAUGUGAGAUUGCCACCUACCGCAGCCUUUUGGAGAGCCUGGACAGCAGACUUCCCUGUAAUCCACGUGCCACCAAAUGGGAGCCAUCCUGCCAGGCCAGAGCUAUGAAGCGUUUUGCCCCAGUUUACACAUCUUCAUCACUCCCUGGGAUCCACAAGUCCUGUCGUGCCUCUGGACCUCCAUCCCGGAUACUGGUUAAGAUAUGCACCAUCACCAAGGAGAUCAAGGAUGGGAAGGUCAUUUCUUCUUAUGAGCACGUGCAGCCUUGCUACAUCAUCAGACCUGCCAAAGUCUAGCAUCCCAAGGUGAUGAGACUGACCCACAUUCAUGAAAGAGAGGCCAGUGCAUGCUCCAGCCAGAAAGGUUUAAGAAACCCCCAGUCCCUUAAGGUACCUAGUUUCUUACUACUACAGCGGAUCCCCGUCUCUUAUUCUUCUCCUUCCCUAAGUCACUGCUACUAACAUGACAAUAAGUCACAUAUCUCUGGAAGGACAUUUUGUGCUGUCACAGGGAUGGGAACUGACUAGCGAGUGCCGACAUUGCUUGUAGAGCCAGAUGACGGACAGGCAGGGUUUUUCUUUUGUUUGCUCAAGCCUUAUUUAUCUCCAUGCCUCCGUAGAGCCAGUCAGACAAGUUCUGGGAUUGGUUUUGGCAAUUGGCACGUGAAGGUAAAAAGCCACAGCCUUGCCUUCUAAAUUCCUUCUUUGGAUAUAGAAUGAAGCCAACACGGGGAACAGAAUAAAUAAGGAAGACCCGGAUGUCUAGAUUCCAGGAGUGAAGCCAUGACAAGCCUGGAUGCUGCUGACCUUUGCUACCUCAAGCACUUGUUCAUCUGUACUAUUACAUUUUUCCCUCCACCAAAACACAACUGUGAGGGCUUUCUGUGAUCUAUAUUCUUCCUCCACCGUGAUUUUCAUGUUUUAUUUUCAGGCUUGGUCUUACUACAUUUCCAGGGCUGACCCUGAACUCACUCUGUAUCCCAGCUUGGGACUUAAACUUGUGAUCCCCCUGCCUCAGCCUUCAGAGUAUUUGGGACCAUAGGUCUACGCCAUCACAAUACGGCAGAUAUCCACAGUCUCUGAAACUUUGGGGACCACACGGCUCUUCUCCAAAUAUUUCCUUUUAAGAAUCAGGGUUGUGGGAUGAAGCUCGGAUUCUGUCCUUUGGAGACAUUUGAAGCCAUCGCCUGGGUCCUUUCAUUAAAUGUUGGCUAUUUCUCUUUCUAUCCCUUAGGGUAUGAGAGUUUGAUCUGCUUGUUUGACAAGGGGCGAUAGAGCUGGAUUUCUCAAGACAUAAGACUCGAUGGGUAACAAUGACAAAAUAGCUUAGAUCGCAGCUUCACUCUCUCCAUCAGAGAGAGCUGGAAUUAGAAUCCCCAAACAUUCCAAAAGAGCA